CACAUAAACAUCACACUACACAGUCAUUGAAAAUAAAAAAAAUAAAAAAAUAAAAUUACUUUUCCUUUCUUUUUUUCCCAACACGGUAGCUUUGUUUUGCUGUAAUAUCAGUAUAUCAUCAUGGCCAAGUUAUCUUGUUCUUAUUUCCUUGUACUCAUGCUUGUGUUCUCAGCUUGUUUAAUGGUUGAAAGAACUGAGGGAAAGCGAUGUCAUAUAACCGUUGACCAACAAAUGUUUUGUGAAAGUAGCUAUUGCAUGCAAACCUGUUACUCAGGAUAUAACGGCGUUGGAAAAUGUUUUGACGAUCCUAAAGUUGCUGGAUCCUCUAAUUGUGGUUGCACCUAUAAUUGCUAGAGAACGAUUCUUAAAACAUUUGUGAUAUAAUAAUUAAAUCUACGGACUUUUUUUUUUAAUCAGAAUAAAAAUUCCAGAGUUCUCCAUAUAUAUGGAGAUUCUAAUCACUAUAUUACUAUUUAUCAAUUAUUCUUAUUGCCAAAAAUAAUUAAAUGAAUCAUUU